AUGGAAUACUACAUAACCAUAGGAUUACUUUUAUCAGUAGUAAUAAGUUUGCCUGUAUUAAUUUGAAUUAUUUUAGAUAACCUACAAUAUUUUUCCUAAUGAAAAUAUAUUUUUAAAUAGUUUGGUUUAUGACAUUGAGGUAUAAGGUGAAAAUUUUGAUGAAAAAAAUGUAAAUGGUUUAAAUAUUGAAUUACUUAAAGAAAUCAAAUUAGAAAAUUAAUAACCUUAUGAAUUUAAUGGAAAAGAAAAGUUAUUUAGUUUAAAUUUGAAUGAAAAUGAUGAUGAUAUAGAUAUUAUGUUAUUAAAUAAUAGAAGCAUUGAGUGUUUAUAUCUUAUUAAGAAUUACAUAUAAGAUGAUGAAAUAAUUAUGAGAUAAAACUUAUGUUAAAUUAAGUUAAAUUAUUCUGAUUGCUUUUAAUUACACAAAUUUGAUCAAUAAAUCUAUAUUGUUUAAUGUAGGUUUAAUUAAAAUAAUACAAUAUUAUAAAUUCUAAAUUAAUCACAAGUAUUUGAUGAAAUUAUUAUUCCAAUUUAAUGGUAAUGCUAGUCAGAUUCAAUACUGAAUAAAUAAUUUUUAAUAGUAUUCAAUAAAUAAUGUUAAACAACUAUUUUGUACUCAAUUUAAAUAAUUAAUUUAUCUUUUACAGAUUUUUUAGAAUAUGAUUUAACCUAGAUAAAAGGAUUUUCUGAAAAUAAUUAAUAAAUUACUGAUGUAUUAAGUAAUACUAAAGAUUUUAUAUUAAUAAUUUAUACUAAUGAAGUAUGGAAUUUAUAAAUGAAAUAAAAAAAUAUCAAUUUGAUCUAUAAAUCUUCAAAAUUUAAUAUUAAGAAAUUGCUGACUAUUCAAAGACCCAAUACAAAACAUAUUAUUUUAGAAAAUGAGGAAACUAAUUAUUGA